UCUGUCUCUGAACUUUUUGGAAAUUAUGUAGCUUUAACAUCUUGAUGACAUCUGUAUUUCAUAUAACUUUAUCUCUAAUCUUUUUACACAUGCAUGAACUAGACAGUGGUGGAAAGCAGGCUAACUAACAUUUGCUUGAGUACUGAAGUACAAAAUUGUACUUCAGUAGUUCCAUUUUUGACUACUUUAUACUCCCAAUAUUGUGCUUCUAGCUGUUAUUCCCUUUAUUUGGCAGUUACAGUCUUAUUUUGAAAAUAUUUUCUACCUGAUACAAAUCUCACAAUACUCAAAAAAUGCACUCAAAAAAGUCAAUAAUCUGUUUCCAGUACAUUAAGAUGAGUCCUAACUGUAGUGUCACUAAGUCCUAUUGCCUGACAUUACACAUUCUGAAGUACGACUUCAAAAGAAAACAAAUAGUUUAGCUUUGAUAAAAAGCAAAUUAGUCAAACAAUUAUGCAAAAAUGCUUAAAUGUACUAGGACUCACAUUUUUCAAAACUCUCAUCCAGAAUAUCAGUUCUACACUUAUUGUGACAUAUUUUGUUUUGCUUUUUAUGGCUACCCAAUUUGCUCGCAUAAGGCUCUGAUUUGCUUUUAAAUUCAUAUGAUUUAAAAUGAAACAUUUUGUGAAUAUAUCCAUAAUCACAGUCCAAACCAUAAUAUACUAUUGAACCUUGAUGCUACAGUGAAGAAAACUGUAGUCUAAUAUUGUGUGACUGCAAAAUAAACCCGGAAUCAACAAAAAGUUAAAGCCCGUGAUAUUAUUUAAGACUUAUUGCAGCACAUGAUUUAGCGAUAAGAACAUCAUUACCCACAAGCCCUUGGUAAAAGUCAGGUUGCUUUAGCAGCUGAAUGGACGCUUCAACCCAAUAAUCUGUGGUUCCUCCCCCAUCUCAGCCAAUAGAGACUCUGUUGCUAUCACCACUUGUAUUUUUAGCAAAUUGUUCAGCACCGUAGGGAACUACAAAUAUCCCUGCGCGAAUUAAACUAGAGCCAGCUACGUAAAUAUAAUUUUAUAGAAUGAAAAAAAACGUCUCAAUUUGUUGUGUUUGUGGCGUCGCCACUGGAGGAAGACUAUGGGUCCACAUAUGGUAAUGAAAGUGAGGAGAGACAUUUUUGUUUUUGUUUUUUUAUCAGUCUGCGGGUUGAUAUUAAAAUAGAUAUUGUCCACAGGGAUCGCACUGAUUAUUUUCUGAAAGGAAAAGAGAGAUAUAAAUUCCGCUAUAUGGGAAAAAAACAAUAAUAAUAAGCCAACAGCUACUACAAUAUGAAGAAAGUAGUCCCUGCCGUCACGGGCGUGUGGGCGAGUCACACUGUAUAUAUACGCCGGGUUGUCAAACAGUAAAGUUUCUCUGGACCCUCCAUGCAAAGUGUCAGCUGAAGACUAACUGGGAAAAACCUUUGACCAUCUGAGAACUGGGGUAGCACUCAACCAAAACCAACAAUACCACGGUGAAAGAAUAUCUACAGGUCAGCCUCUGCACCAGCGACUCGACUGAUCCGCCUUGAUACCCGAGACAACACAAGGGAAUUAAAACAGAAACGCAGGAGUACGAGUCAAGCUGGGGCAUCAGUAACGAUAGUUGGGACCUGAAAACAUUGUUGUAUAUUUGUGACGACACAAAAAAAACCCUGCAACCUGCUGCCCCUGCCUUCAAGGUGCCUUUACCAUGGUGACACUAAAAGAAUCAUACACUUUUCAAUAACCUAGAGGAAAAACUCCUUGUUAAAUUUGCAUUGCCUCACUUUCAUCAUCAUCUUGAUCACUUUGCUCCCAGGACGGCGCUAACCUGGUGCGGCCAUGCAUCUAGAAGUUAAGGUUGCCCUCAACUUCAUCGUGUCCUACCUGUACAACAAGCUGCCUCGGCGUCGAGCCGACCUGUUCGGCGAGGAGCUGGAGAGGAUACUGGUAUCUCGUUUUGAGGGUCACUGGUACCCGGAAGCCCCCCUCAGAGGUUCUGCCUUCCGCUGUAUUCACCUGGGAGCACCAAGGGACCCCGUGGUUGAGUUGGCCGCCAAGAGAAGUGGACUGGACACGGAGGAAGUGCGUGCAAAUGUUCCUGCAGAACUCAGUGUGUGGAUUGACCCUUACGAGGUAUCCUACCAGAUUGGAGAGAAGGGGGCAGUGAAGGUUCUCUACCUGGAGGACCCUCCAGGCCUCGGGUGUGACAGCGAGAGAGUCGAGGGGGUGAUCAGAGAGGGUAAAGGAGAUGCAGAGGCGGAGGAGGCCAAGAGUCUGGGCUUCAACCCAGAUGCUCAGGUGUUUGUACCAAUUGGAAGCCAGGCAUCUCCUGCCCUCAUGCCGUCGCUCUCUAGCUCUCCCACACCACUGUCUGGCCAGUCCUGCCCCGGGCUCUUUAGCUACCCUAGCUCCAGCACACCCACCGACCCUGCUGCCCACUCCUCUAACACCUCCACCCCUUCCCCUCCCAGCGGCGGGCUUCCCUACCUCUCCACUCAGCAGCAGCCCUCGACUCUUCCCACUGCCCGUCCUCAGCCCAUCACCUUCACCACCGCAAGCUUCGCCGCCACUAAAUUCGGCUCGACCAAGAUGAAGAAGUGCAGCGGGGCCGGGUCGGCAGCUAGCUCUGCUGUCGUCAUACCCCCUGCCCAGAGGAUGCUCUCCCGGUCUCCCACCACCAUCUCAGCGCCAGAGCUGCUGAAGCACAAGCCCCUGUCCCUCUCCUUGCACUCCCUCGGAGGUCCCAUUGCCAGCCAGCUCUCUCCCAACGCCAAAGAGUUUGUCUACCCAGGAUCCCCAGGCCCUCUUUACUUCGACGGCGACACCCAGCCCAUGCAGCCUCAUGCCAGCCCAUUCCAACCCCCCCACACUGUUAACACCCAUCCAUCUUUUGACCCCUUCUCCAGCCCUCCUCCUGCCCAGAGCGUGGGCAUCAUUGGCAGCAACGGAGGAAUCCCCUACAUGGAGAAGCCACCGUUUGUCGAGGGUUUAGGAAGCUACAACCUGCAAUAUCCUAGCCAGUCCUUCCAGCCUGUCGUGCUGGCCAACUAAGCCUUCAUUUGUAAUGAUAAGAAUUGUUGUAGGAGGAGGUGGGUGUAGGACAAUGAUUCUCCAGAUAUUUUCAGUUUUUCUAACAAAUUGUUCUAAUACUAAUACGAGUUAAGAAUUAGUUUUACUACAAAGAUUUAAAAUACCACGUCCACUGAAUAGUUCAUGUGAUCUGUUUUGUUCCAGCAUAACCCCCAACUCCACCCUGCCCUUUUGUUCAUUGCUGUUACUCAUGUUCUGCGUGUUGGCUUUGAUGACAGGAGUUGGUGGGUGGGGUGGGGUGGGGUGGGGGUUGAGUUUCUUUCUACCUUGAGUCGUUGCCAAUCUCUUUAUGUUUAUUAUUUUGCAUUGAAUGUUGAUGCGAGGGACUUUUCUUUUUUUCUUGUAGUUUAAUGGACCCGGCUCUAGUAUAGCUCCAUUUGCACUGCACUGUCAUGCUGUGAAAAAGGACCUCGCCAAGUCCUGCAGGGAACGACGGCUGUGGAAAGCUCAGCACUUUGCUCUGCAAUCUGCUCUGCCCUACUUGCCACAAAUACAGAGAGGGGGGCUCUGCUGUCUCUGCGUGUGUGUAGUCCUGUUCUGUUUUGUUGUGGCUCGGCGUGAUCGAGAGACUUGUUUGUACGAUGGGCCCGUUACCCUUGAAACGCACUCGUGCACAGGCACAAUUUGACUCUGUUGUUGUCACCGGGGUGCAUAUUGGAUGCAGUUUAUCGUCAGCUGGAACGUGUACAUGACGUGGGCUUAAAUUUAAAUGAGAGCAGCAGAGGGAGCAGAAGAGGGGCAUCGGGGUGUUACAGGAGCGAUGUAGUAGAAUGUAUUGUACCUGUCGGGGGAAACUGCAGCUGGGAAGGUCGGGGAAACCUUGGGGAAUGUGAAAAGCAAAUAGAUCUUUCCAUUUUAAGACAAUAAACAUGUGCUGAUACCUCAAUUAUACACACAGGGAUGCAAGUUAUGGCUUCAUACAUGUAUUCAAAUGGACAGACAAUGCACACACAUACGCAGAAAUAUGUGCACAUACACACAAUUCCGUGUGUGUGUGUGUGUGUGUAGAAGGAGGUGAGGGGGAGGGGAUGCAGCAGUUAAGCAGUAGGGAUUGUGAUAAAUGGCUUAGCAUGACUUUGACUAUGAAGGAGAGGUUUUCCUCUGCAUGAAGAGGAGAGAGGGAGGUGGGAGAGAAGGGAAGACAGAAGGAAAUGAGAGAGGGAGAGAAGCAGCUAGAGGGUUCUGUUGCCUGUGUGGCGUCCGGGCUGUGUUGGCUUAGAGAACGACACUUUAAAACCCAGAGCACGUUUCUGGUGAGUUUAAAUGGUAUUGAAGCCAAACGCUCACACUAUUCUCUCCCUCCUCUUGAAAUUCUUCAGUGAUCUCUGCUCCUCUGGCUGUUAACAAAGGAAAACCAGAAUAUACACACAGUUCAGGUUCUGCUCUGUCUUCCCCCCCAGUCGCAGUGAUGUAGACAAAGAUACAAAGAUGAAUGUUCUUUAUUGGUGUGUCGCUUUUGACUCUUUAUUUGAUGGCUUGUCAGAUCUGUGGAAGUCUGCCGUUUCUAACUAAGGUUUGUUUACCAGCCGGGUCCAUGUGAUUGUUGGUUAGUCACUACAGGGAAGGGUAACCCCCAGAUGUCCAUUUGAGCUGUCCAGCACUUUAUUACUGGGCUCCUGAUGCUGUGUGUCGCCCACAGACAUGAGCGCUAAACCAUUCCUUUGCCCUCUUGUUUGGUAACUGCACAUUUUAUUCAGCUGUCAUGAAAUGCUUUAGAGAUUUAAACAGGAGCUUAAUUUGUAUUCAGAUGCAUCAUGCUGGUGAGGAGAUGCUGUCUGUCUUGUCCGUUUUAUUUGAAUGUUUUCUAGACCCGUAAAUGUUUUUGUACAAGAUGAAACAAGGACCCUUGACGCUGGUUUUGCAAUGUGACAGCUUGUCAUAUGCAUGAAAGUUUAAUUUCUUUAUUUCUUUUUUUUUUUUUUUUUUUUUUUGGUUUUGUUCUUUUCAAGGGAAUGGGUGGGGAGGUACACAUCUCUGUAAAUGUUAUGAUUAUGAGGGAAAAAUGCAUUUAUAAUUUUUGUUUUGUAAUUUAUUUCCAAUAUUUCUAUAUUUUUGUUUUUGCAAAUUAUCACUUACAUUUGUAUGAGUAAGACAUGACAAGUCCAGGAAUAUGUAUAUAAAAAAAGUUCUUAUGUUCAGAUUCUUUGUUUAGUUUCUUACAUGCUGAGGUUAUUUUUUCAGAAAAUAACAUGAAUAUAUGCAAACUGAGACAAAAAUAAAGAUGUACAGAAUAAAGUAUUGAAUGUGUAUUGUACCUUGUACAGCAUUUGUCUAAUAAGACGGGUAAAUGUAUUCAUUCUUCAAGUUGGAUUUGGAGUUUAAGAUGUGAAUGUUUACAGUGGGUUUGUGUAGGAAAAGAUCGCUAUGUGCUCCCAGGGCAGUCUGACAACACUACUCCCAUAGGCAGUACAUUUAAACCAAAAAUCUCCACAUUUCAGAUUCAUUUUUGAGUGCAAUGAACCUCCCUUUUUAUGUGAAUUUAUUGCAUAUUGUGUGGUCAGCAAGCCUAUUUCUCCCCUCUUUUUCUAAACAAUUGCACAUCAACACUACUCACUUAGCCUGCCUGUUUUUGUCUGUAGUAGCUGCUACAGUACCCAAACCCAGAUAGCUUCAGAUUUAUAUGAACAAUAAUGUCUUUUAACCUUCCUCGUAUUAUAUUUCCAGUCAACACUUAACUUUUUCUCACCAGAUUUCUUCAGCCUGGUCCUUUGGUCCUGAUACUAUAGCCAUAUCCCAGACUGUCUUUGCUUACACAGAUGCUCACCCUUCUCCAGUGUAAUGUAAUGCCAUAAUUUAAAUUACCCUGAAGGAUUUAAGGGGUUACUACCUCUCUGCACCCAGAAGAAAAAUAUAUAUCUCCUCAAUAGGAAGACAGUGUUACGGCAGGUUUGGAAGGUUGAAGGAAAUGAAUGUGCUGUGAAUGUGUAUUUUGAUCUGUCGUUAGUCGACCCUGGUUGAGAUGGCCUGCAGAAAAUAAAUGGGGGGGGGGCUGCUCAUUUUAUUGUGUUUAAAAGUCUUGGAAAGAUUUUUAGUCACAUGCAUGUCCAAAUGACCCCUUGUUUUUUUGUUUUGUUUUUUGUCUUUUUUCCUCCACAUUUGUCAGAUUAUUCAGUGCAAACGAGGUGUGUUGUAAAUUUCCUCUGCAUACAAAUUUGGGCUCUUAAGGUGAGAGAUCUGAGGAUGUGAAUGAUUAUUGUAAAAGCUCACAUCUUUAAGAGUGACUGCUGGUUUGUGUUUUACACUUGAAAAGAACAGAUUAGACAGCGCACCAGAGAUCAGCUCUAAACGCAGGCUACUCUACAAUCAGGGUUGAACAUUAAUGAAGAGGAAAAACAAGAAUUUUGUAUUCUGAUGUCCUUUGCUUAUAUCGAUGUGUGCGUUUUAUUUUGCACUUUGGAAUAUUUCAUUGUCAUAAAAGAAGUUUAUUUUCUAUGUAAAAAAUUUAACAUUUAAGAGUAAAAUAGAUAUAAUUAAAAGUUCAGAUGAUGUAUAAAUAUAGUGCUUUCUUUCCUGCCUGUAUUUUAUUAUUUUUCCUAUUUUGUAUCUGAUCCGUACACCCUGUAGAUGUGUAAUGAAUCUUUCACUACUGAAAUGCAAUGACCUGUUUUCUGUGCUGCCCCUCGAGAAUGGGGAGUUACUACUGCAGUUUCUUAUUGUAUCAGAUUCUUUUUUAAGUUUGUAAUAAAAAAAUCAGAUUGGCAAAAAUAAGCAUGGAAAAUAA